AUGAAUGUUAUUUGUAUUUUUAGAAGGAAGUCCCGCCAAAAAUUCAUUGAAGGCAAGAAGAAUUUGUGUCUGAUUCCUCUUCAAAUCAUCCCUCUCGGUAAUUUUCGAAAUUUUCAAAAAAUGAUAUGACUUUUUUUAGGUUACUCUCUGGGUUCCAUAAACUUUCAAAAGGCCGAAAUGUCGAGUCGAGUAUUGAAAUAUCAAUUGUUGAGGGAAAAUUAUGGAUUUUAGAUGCUGAAAAAUUUCAAUCGAUUGGUGAAUCCGAAGCAAUUUGAGAGGAUUUUAAAGCGGAGAGCUUACCGUUUGAAAUUGGUUUCUGAAGGGCGGAUUCACACGGAGAAACAGGUAGAGAUUUCCGCUUAAAAAUGGGUUCUUUAAAGGCGCAGAGGCAAAUGUUUAAAAAAGGUUUCGAGCCGAAAUCGAUUUUUAUUAGAAUUUUGUACAGAAUCAUGAUAUUUCUAUUGAAAAAUGGUUUAUCUUGCAGAAAUUCAUGCACUUGUCAAGGCAUCUGCACGCAAAGGGGAGAACAAGGAGCAAAAUGGGAACUUUCGAGAAAUGUUGGUUUUGAUUAUUUUUCCAAUUCCGAAAUGAUAAUUAGUUAGAUAUUUAGGUGAAGAAACUUUUAUUUUAUUUUAGGAGGUUUUGAACUUUUUUUCAUGAAAAUUGAGCAGAAUUUUGACCUUGAAUUUUUUUAAUUAGGAAGGGAAUUUCCAAUAUUUUUUUCAAUUUUUUUCUGGUUUUUUUGAAUUGUUUCAGUUUGAAAGAAGAGACUAAAAAAAUGGAAGAAAAAAAUUUUCGAGUUUUUCAGGCUUUUUUUCAAGUUUAUUUUGAUAAAACGGACUCAUUUUUUUGCUUUUAAAAAAAUAUUUAUAAGUUCUUAAUUUUAACCAUUAUGGCCCAUCAUUUAUGUAAUAGAAAGUAGAAUUUUAAAAAAAUCAAUAAAUAAUUUAAAAAGAAGAGUUUACUGUCAAUUUUUUUCUUCGGGUACUAAUCCUUCUGAAAAAAAUUUUUUUCUAGAUUUUUUGACUUGAUUAUCCAGCUUUUGAGGGUAUUCCAGUAACCUUUAAACUGUAAUCAUCGGAAGAAUUUUCAGGUCCACGGACCGAAAAAGAAAACACCGAGGAGAAAAACCUAAAAAAUAUGACUUUCGAUGAAUUUUCGUCGAUUUUCUACCCGUCGACCGACAAGGAACCUAGGUAUUUUUCGAAAUUUUUUGGUCGGAAAUGAAUUUUUUUUUUCUUAUACAGUAAGCUGGACUCUAUGGAAAAAAUAUUGUUGGAUUGA